GCGAGCGGCGCGCCAGGGACGCGAGGCACCGCCAGGGCAGCGCGUGGAGCAGCGCAGCGCAGGGUCCCGAGCCCGGAGCCGCCCGCAGGCGCCGAGAUGCCGCGAGCAGCGAGCCGCCGCCCCGGGCCGCCCCCCGGACAGGUGGCCGCGGCGUCCCCGCUGCUGCUGCUGCUGCUGCUGCUCGCCUGCUGCGCGGGCGCCUGCCGAGGUGCUCCAAUAUUACCUCAAGGAUUACGGCCUGAACAAGAACUACAGUUGUGGAAGGAGAUAGAUACUGCUUGCUCUUUUCUCCUGUCCAUCGAUUCUCAGCCUCAGGCAUCCAAUGCAUUGGAGGAGCUUUGCUUCACAAUUAUGGGGACUCUACCAAAGCCCCAGGAAACAGAUGAAAAAGAUAAUACCAAAAGGUUCUUAUUUCAUUAUUCAAAGACACAGAAGUUGGGCAAUUCAAAUGUUGUGUCGUCUGUCGUGCAUCCGUUGCUGCAGCUCGUUCCUCAACUGCAUGAGAGAAGAAUGAAGAGAUUCAAAGUGGACGAAGAAUUUCAAGGUCCUUUUGCAAGCCAAAGUCGCAGAUAUUUUCUAUUCAGGCCACGCAAUGGAAGAAGGUCAGAAGGUUACAUUUAAAAUGGUAUGAUACCAUUUUCCACAGAAGCAACACCAUGGAAUAUAAAAUGUACUGACAUUUUGUUUUCUUCUCAAAAACAAUCCUUGCUAAGUUUACCAUGUUUGAGAAUCCCUGCGUUGUAAACAUUCUCAAUAAAAGUUGAU